GACGCCUCGGAGAGCUUGACGACACUGCACACCACUCCCCACCACCCCGAGCUGUCCCCCAUUCCUUCCGCACUAGCUGCUCGCUUGCUCUAGAGUUCACUCGCGGUCCGGUCCGGAGAGCUCGAGCUCUUGCAGCCAUGGCGGUUCCCCUGCUUCUCCUGCUGCUGCUGGCCAUGUUCGCAGGCUCAGAUGCGGCGUUCUGCGUGUGCAAGCCCGGCACCCCCGACGCGAUGAUGCAGAAGGCGAUCGACUACGCCUGCAGCAAGGGCGCCGACUGCGCCCAGACCACGCAGGGCGGGCCGUGCUACGGCAACGGCAACAAGGUGGCCGUCUGCUCCUACAUCUGCAAUAGCUACUUCCAGAGCAAGAGCUCCAUGGGCGCCACCUGCGACUUCGGCGGCGUCGCCACCCUCACCAGCACCGACCCCAGCUCCGGCACCUGCAAGUUCGCCUCCGGCCCCAGCAGCGUUGGCACCGGCGGCGCCGGCAUGGGCACCGGCGGGACAGGCGCCGGCACCGGCGGCAUGGGCGCCGGCGCGGGCACAGGAGCAGGCACCGGCGCUGGCACUGGAGCAGGCACUGGCGGCAUGGGCGCGGGGACCGGGGCUGGCGCUGGCACCGGAGCAGGCACCGGCGCGGGGAUCACGACCCCCGGGAGCACCCUGAGCCCACCGUUCGGCGGCACGGGCGCGUACGGCCCGUCGGGAGCCGGCACGGGCCCCGACUACAACGACGCCGCCGCCCCGGUCGCGGCCGGGCGCCACGUCGCCGCCGCGCUUCUCCUGGCCGCCGCGGCGCCCCUCCUUUUCCGCUGAGCGCCGCGCGCUGCCAGCUCCCAAGGGGCAGCGGGUUCCCGUCCGGGCCGGAUUCGGCGGGCACGCCUGCGCCGCCGCUCUGGCCCGCGGUCGGGCGCGCCUUUCGGGGCUGUUGUGCGGUUUUGAUCGAUCAAGCCAUCGGUGUAGCAGCCACUGGCACGGGCUGCUACCGUCCCAACUGACCUCGUGCUGGUGGCCGCCAUGUGGUGCUUUGUACUAGUAGAGAUCUAGGGGAUUCUUUUGUAGUUCCGGACAUACGUGUCGCCGUGUUCGCCCGUCCUUUUUUUUUCUUUUUCGCGUUUGUUGCUAUGCCCUGUUAUGUCAUGCUAGGCUGUGGUACUGUACUAUGCUAGUUGCUCGUGGCGGCGGCCACUUUCCAUGCU